AUGGCCUCUCUACUCGUUGCCGCCGUGUUCGGCGCAGCUGUCCAAGCUAUAGCAUUAGAGUCAACGAUUGCUCGACCAACAGACGCCUCGAUACCACACCCGACCUUCCAGCUUCCAGAAGUGACGGAACCGCCUAGUCCUUCCGUAGUUCGUGAGCUUUUGAAGAGAGCAGAUGUUCAGACUGUUCUCGUCGGUCCGGAUAAUACUUGUGGUUAUGUCAGCGGACUGAUUGGCGCCGCUUAUACUUGUGGUGAUACAAAUGGGUACUGUGCAUUUGUGACUACUGCCAAUGUCGGCUAUGUAGCUUGUUGUGAUGAAUCGAGUUGUGGUUUCCGUGUCGACUGUAUGGACGCGGAACAGGUCGAGAACGGCGAUUGUAAUAAUGGUUGUAUGAACGAUAUUUAUACUGCCAAAUGUACGGAUUCCUCUGCACCAUACUGCGGCACGAUCCGGUUCUCGACCAGUAUCUCGGAUUACUUCUGUCACUCGCUCAGCUACUCCACCGCCAUGGACGCCCUCACCACCUGGAUCGGCGAGAACGAUGGCCGAUCCUAUUCCGAGGUCGUCGUGACCCUGACGUCGAGCAACUUUGGUACUCAGACGAGCAACGACGGGCUAGAGUCCUCCACGACGAGAUCCGCCAGCGGUGCUUCAUCGUCAGGCAGCAGUAGCGCCUCGAGCGGGACGAGCAGCGGGACGAGCAGCGGCAGCAGCAGCAGUGGUACUAGUGCCAGCGGAGGACAGAAAUCAUCAACCAACAUUGGCCCCAUUGUCGGCGGUGUCGUGGGCGGCGUGGCUGUCAUUGCCCUCAUCGCCCUGGGCAUAUGGCUCAUUCUCCGCCGCAACCGGAAGCAGCAGGGUAUGCCGCCGCCGGCGCCUUCAAUGGCCCAGUAUCCCCCGACGCAACAGCCACCCUCUGGAUACGCUCCUCCUCCGGGUGCCGGCGCCCCCGUCUUUGGAGCCCAGCCCCCGACCUCUCCUUCUUACGACUACCAGCAGCAGCAGCCGCAGCAACCAUACCAAGAGAUCAAUGGCGCCGUCAUGCAUCAGUACGACGGCAGCAAGCCGCAGUGGGGCUCGCCACCGCAAGGAGGUGGUGGUUUCACUCAGCAGGGCAGCGGCGUGUGGUACACGAGCCAAGAAACCAAACCGGGAAAUGAAGUCUACACCACCACGACAGCCUCGCCGGGCUCGCCGGGUAGUCCGCUCUCGCACUCUGAUCCGCGCCUGAGCAUGGCGCAGCCCCCGUCGAGCCCGGCAUCAACGGAUCGGUUGUCGGCGUUCCAACCACAACAUACGGGCGGUACGCUCCAAAGCCAGAGCCAGCCGAUGGGCCCUAGCGUGCCGUCGACAGUGUACGAGGCGGGUGGUGAUGCCGUGGGGAUGCAGGGACAGCAUAAUGCUAACCACCACGGCCAGUUUCACGAGCUGAGCUCCCAUUAG